CAUAUUUUUUAGUCGUAUCACAUUUCUAUAAGUACUUACUACUUUACUACAUAAACGAAAAAUGAAUAAUAAAUUAUUACGUUAUACAUUAUUAAUAUAAUAAUAUUUAUUAUUUAAGUUUUUGCACGCGCACACUGCACACGAAAAUAACGACAUACCUAUUUAUAUGGUACCCAAACACUACAGUCUUCGCGUCGCAUGAAAUGAGCAGUCAAUAAAAACGCCUAUCUGCGCCGUAAAGCUCAGUGGUACGGAAGACGGUAUUACCUGACCGCCAUCGCCGGACAUACAGUUCAUCGAAUUACCAAAAUUAUCCGUCAUCCCUCAUCUGUUGAUUGCAAUCUCAAAAAGAAAUAUUAUCAGAAUGGAAACUGACUGUAAAUCAAUUUCAAAUCAAAAAAAUGAGUCUACAUCUAAUCCAAGUUAUAAUUGGAAGGAUGUUACUCCAGAAUUUUUUGAUUCAAUCAAAGAGUUAGAAUUAGGUGAACUUUUACAUGGAUACUUUUUUGGUUUGUUUGAAGCCAUGUCAGCUAUUGAAAUAAUGGAUCCCAAAAUGGACGCAGGGAUGAUGUGUAAUCGUGAAUCAAAAGCAAUAAAAUUAGAGGAUUUGAAAUUAAGUGAUCUUUCUGUGUCUGAACAAAUAUCAAUAAUAGAUGUUACAUUAGCUUGUCUUGUAUCAUGGCUUGAAGGGCAUUCUUUAGCACAAACAGUGUUCACAAAUCUAUAUUUCCAAAAGCCAUAUGAAAUUGAAGUUGUUCCAUUAAAAGCAUUUUGUAUAUGCAUUUAUAAAAUUAUUGAAGAAAUUAGGGACUUUGCUAACAGGGCACAAGUUUUUGAAGAAGAAGAUUUUCAACCUGCGCUUUAUAACUAUCAUUAUUUUAAUGAGAUUUCUGUCACUCGUGUGAUUGGCAUGAUGAGAGAAGUUGAUGAGUCUAUAAGUCAUAAAUUAAAAUCAAAUGCAAAUAAUGAUGAAAAUGAAUCCUAUAUUGCAUUAAAUACACGAAUUAAGUUUGUUAGACUUUUUUUUCAAAUUUUACUUUCUUUUAAUCGACGUGAGAAUCAUUCAAGUUCAAUGGGAGAAACCCAGAGGUUGUUAACUACUUGUGGAUUAUUAAUUCCUUCUUUAAUAAGCACCGUGGAUAAAGGAGUUCCCAAAGUUGGCCGUGAGAAAACAUCAAAUUAUUUUAAUUUUAUGCUCUAUUCUAUUUUUUGUUUAUAUUUUUCAGAUUGGUGUUAUGAUUUGGGCUUUGACCCAUUAAUAAAUCAAAAAUUGUUACCACCUACAUUUCCUCGUUAUACAAAAAUUAAACCGGCUGAUGAAGCUUAUGUUUAUUUUGAUUCGUUGUUAACAAGACUGAAACAAAUUUGUAAACUGACAAAUUGUACAACUUUUAUUAGUGCUUUGGAAUGUUUUAUUGAACUUGGUCACAAUAAUCACUUAUGUAUUGUAUCUAGAUCAAUUAUGCAAACGCUUUAUUUUCCUCAACCUAACCGAGUAUUUGGUACUCAGGAUUUUGAGGACUGUCUUAGAGAAUGGGCUAAGGCGUUUAUAGCACCACCAUCACUUAUACCGCGUUUAAACAUUUUGUCUAACUCUCAAGCUAAGGACUGUAUAUACAAUUUUUUUGAACAUUGUACUCGUCCAUUUGCCGGAUUGAUUCAAAUUUGUGGCCACAAUAAAGCUAGACAAAGAGAUAAGUUAGCACAUCUUAUGGAAGAUUUUUCAGCACUACAAGAUGAGUCUCAAAGGGUUGAUGCAUUUUUGCACUCAUUCUCAUCAAAAUUGGAUCCACCAAGAGAGCAUUUAGCUAGCUUUAGUACAUGGAUAAUUUAUCAUACAAUUAGAAUUAUGAUAAUGUACUUACUGUCUGGUUUUGAACUGGAACUGUAUAGUCCCCAUGAAUAUCAGUAUAUUUAUUGGUAUUUAUAUCAAUUUUUGUAUGGUUGGUUAGUGUCUACAUUAAAUAGAGCAGAUAAUGUGUUGCUUGGCAGCGAUUCACUGGUUGAUUCUCAAAAAAAUCGAACAAAACGGAAUAAGCCUAAAAAGAAAAAACCACAUCCAUAUAGUCAAGAAAUUGUUAUGUGUCAUGCAAUGCAAAGUUUAACUGGUGCUUAUUUUAAGACAUUGAUAGGAUUUCAACUAGAAGGUAAAAUUCGAACACCAAAACAUGCAAAAUUUGAUAAUGAAAAAGUUCGCUAUGAACACAGAUUUGCUGCAUUCUCUGCAGUAGCUGUACCUCCACCAUUUUCUUAUAAUGAAUUUCAAAUGACUAGAUGCCAAAUACGUGAUUCAGCAUCUGGAGAUUCUGGAAUGUUAUAUUUAAAUAGUUGUGAGCUAUUUCAUCAAGCAAGGUGUCUUUUAGAUACAAUUGCACAACCACACUCGCAACAAGUACUUGAUUUAAUAAAAGUAUGUAAAACAAAUUUUGUAACCAUGAAGUUACUAGCUAGUGGAUAUAUGAGAGGACCAGAUGUAUCGUUGGAUUUUGAUUUCACAACUAAUUCUCACUUUCCUAUAUUAAAGCUCAGCUAAUCUUGAACAAUAUUUUUAGACUAAAAAGAUAUUUAAUUAUUUAAAGACUGUUUGAAUCCAAAAUAAUUAAACACAAAAUAAUUUAAUCAUUAAAAUUGUAUGUGGCAUUUGUUUGUUUUUUUUUAUUUUGUAUAAAUGUGUUGAGACGUGUUGUGAUGUAAAAA